UUUGUAGCUCGGCACUGGCUGCCGCCGCUGCCCUCCAGUCCGCCUCCCUCAACGGAUCCGGCGGCCGGCGACCGCCCUCCUCCCUCCUCCCUCCCAGGCAGCUGCCUCGGCACCUGGUUCCGCGCGGCUGCGCGGGCUUGCCGCUCCACCUCGCCGAGCGCGCCGCCGCGGGGUCCUCCUCGCCACCCUUGAGGCCUUGAACCGACAAAUCAAAGUAUUACACCUCAGUUCGAAAAAAACCACCCAUGCUCCCUUCGCGCCAUCUCCGCGCCGCCGCGCGGCAGCGAAGCCCUCGGCCCCCGGCCGGUGCUGGAGACACCUCAUUCUCGGCCAAGCCCGACGCGGAGGUGAUCCGGCGGAACAAGGCCAUCACGGCCCACAUGCGCGCUGGCCGCGUCCCGGACGCCGAGCGCCUCUUCGCCGCGAUGCCACGCCGCUCCACCUCCACCUACAACGCCAUGCUCGCCGGGUACGCUUCCAACGGCCGUCUCCCGCUGGCAAUCUCCUUCUUCCGCUCCAUCCCGCGGCCCGACACCUUCUCCUACAACACGCUCCUCCACGCGCUGGCGGUGUCCUCGUCCCUGGCCGACGCGCGAAGCCUGUUCGACGAAAUGCCCGUGAAGGACUCCGUGUCCUACAACGUCAUGAUCUCGUCUCACGCCAACUAUGGGCUUGUAUCACUCGCGCGACACUACUUUGAUCUUGCACCGGAGAAGGAUGCUGUUUCGUGGAACGGCAUGCUUGCUGCGUAUGUGCGGAAUGGAAGGAUUCAAGAGGCAAGGGGGCUGUUUGAUUCAAGGACAGAGUGGGAUUCAAUUUCUUGGAACGCUUUGAUGGCUGGGUAUGUGCAGUGGGGUCAGAUGGCUGAAGCACAGGAGAUGUUUAAUAGAAUGCCACAGAGAGAUGUCGUGUCUUGGAACACUAUGGUAUCUGGUUAUGCAAGGAGGGGUGAUAUGAUGGAGGCGAGAAGAUUCUUUGAUGCGGCUCCAAUUAGGGACGUGUUCACAUGGACAGCAGUUGUGUCUGGGUAUGCACAAAAUGGGAUGCUCGAAGAGGCUAGGCGGGUGUUUGAUGCCAUGCCAGAGAAGAAUGCUGUGUCGUGGAAUGCAAUGAUGGCAGCAUAUGUCCAGCGGAGGAUGAUGGAGGAGGCGAAUCGGUUGUUUGAUGCCAUGCCCUGCAGGAAUGUGGCUUCGUGGAAUACAAUGUUGACAGGGUAUGCUCAGGCUGGGAUGUUGGAGGAGGCAAGGAAAAUUUUUGACACCAUGCCACAGAAAGAUGCAGUCUCAUGGGCUGCAAUGCUGGCUGCAUAUUCGCAGGGUGGUUUCAGUGAGGAAACCCUGCUGUUGUUCAAAGGGAUGGGGCGUUGUGGUGAGUGGGUGAACAGGUCAGCAUUUGCUUGUGUUUUGAGCACGUGUGCUGACAUUGCUGCACUUGAGUGUGGAAUGCAGCUGCAUAGUAGGUUGAUUAAGGCUGGUUAUGGUGUGGGCUGCUUUGUGGGGAAUGCACUCCUAGCUAUGUACUUCAAAUGUGGGAACAUGGAGGAAGCUCACAAUGCAUUUGAGGAGAUGGAGGAGAGGGAUGUUGUUUCAUGGAAUACUAUGAUUGCAGGCUAUGCGCGGCAUGGUUUUGGCAAGGAAGCACUUGAGGUUUUUGAUACAAUGAGGAAGACUUCUACCAAGCCAGAUGAUAUUACUUUGGUUGGAAUACUUGCAGCAUGUAGUCACUCUGGUUUGAUUGAGAAAGGCAUUUCAUACUUCUAUUCAAUGCACCACGAUUUUGGUGUGACAGCGAAACCUGAACAUUACACUUGUAUGAUAGACCUUCUUGGACGGGCUGGAAGAUUGGAUGAAGCAGUUAAUCUUAUGAAGGACAUGCCUUUUGAGCCUGACUCUACCAUGUGGGGUGCGUUACUUGGUGCUAGUAGGAUCCACCGCAACUCUGAACUAGGCAGGAGUGCAGCUGAGAAAAUAUUUGAGUUGGAACCUGAAAAUGCUGGCAUGUAUGUCUUGCUUUCAAAUAUAUAUGCAUCCUCUGGCAAAUGGCGUGAUGUGGACAAGAUGAGAGUUAUGAUGUAUGAGCGUGGUGUGAAGAAGGUUCCAGGAUUCAGUUGGAUUGAAGUGCAGAACAAAGUCCACACUUUCUCAGUGGGUGAUUGUGUACAUCCUGAGAAAGAAGACAUAUAUGCUUUCCUGGAAGACCUGGACAUGAGGAUGAAAAAGGCAGGCUAUGUAUCUGCUACAGAUAUGGUUUUGCAUGAUGUGGAGGAGGAAGAGAAGGAGCACAUGCUCAAGUAUCAUAGCGAGAAGCUUGCUGUUGCUUAUGGUAUUCUUAAAAUUCCUCCUGGGAGGCCUAUCAGGGUGAUAAAAAACCUGAGAGUAUGCGAAGACUGUCAUACUGCUUUCAAGUAUAUAUCUGCUAUUGAGGGCCGGCUGAUCAUAUUGCGGGAUUCUAACCGUUUUCACCAUUUUAGAGAUGGUUCAUGUUCAUGUGGUGAUUACUGGUAAUGAUGAGUAGAUAUACGUACAAAGAAAUUCUAAAGGAAAUAUAGUGUACUGUGGUCUUGUGGAUGUCUUAAUCAUGAUCAUGCAAUGCAGACUACAGACAAACAUAGUUGGCAUCCUGAUGUCUGGAUCUGGCCAUGUUAGCCAUUAGGCCUCUUAUUUUAGUUCUGGUCCGAAAAGAUUAUCCUGGUGAUUUGCUAUGUUAACUGGGGAUUUCAGUUUUUUUUUUGUGAGUACUGAGAACCGUACCUCCAGAUGGAAAACACAAAAGGUUUCUAGAGAGAACAAAUCUACAGAGUGCAUGUUCUGGUCUCACAUGAACUUUACCUGGACAGUUAUGCUAGCAUUUGUCUGUUGGAGAAACCUUGGGGGAAAAAAAGAUGCAUCCAUUGUAAUUUGUCAAUAGGUAGAGGUCAGAGGGAGAACCAUCAGGUUAGGUGUGAAGUACUGAAAAAGAACAACCAUCUUGUUAUUAAUUUUGUACAGAUGAAGAAUAAAAAAAAGAGGUGAAACUAUUUGCUUUCCUGUUAUCAGGUGCUUGGAGUAUUCAAAGGAUUGUGCUAUUCAGUGAAACAUUAUCCAUUGACUUGAAUAUAACUGGUGUUGGCAAACCAAGCCAGAGAAUGCAACUGCAAGAAUAUAUUGUCAUGCCAUUUCUGUCAGAAUAACAUUGAUGUCAGAACAUAAAGGUUCUUCUAUCAGCUCAGGUACGCUUUGCAUAAUCAGUCAGGUUGCUAUCUGGUUGCAAAUAGAGUAUGAUGCGAAAACACUGGUUCAUAUCAUGCAUCUGAUCUAGUUGUAACAAGCAAAGAGCAGGUAACUCUUUGGAUUAAUAUUAAUGGAGCUGAAGAUUUUUUGUUCAUUCUGCUGGAUGGAUCUUCAGAGGCUGCACAUCUUUCUUUGAUUUUCAGGGAUCUGAGCUCGGCGAGACGUCGACGGCCUUCCUUGUCACUUCUCGCAGCCUCCAUCUCCGCUUGGUCACUCCUGCUCCCUUCUGUCAUCGCCUCAACGGCCCUCCGGUCCAUAGUCAAUCGCCACCUGACACUUUCCUCCAUCUCUCCGAGGGCAUUGGGUUUCUUGAUAGGAGACGGUAGCAGGCAAGAACCGGCUGUCAGCCGCCUAGCGGAUGGCUUGCCGCAGAAGCCUGCGCUGGGAUUCAAUAGCUUCUGGCAGAUUCCUGAUAAGAUUCAAAACUCUCUCAAGGUGCAUUUUGGGCGUUUCUUGAAGAAGGAUGCUGCUGGCUGCGGUAUGAAUGCUAAAAUGCCAUCAGAGAUGGGGAAAGAGUUGCGCAUUGCUGCUGCUGAGGUUAGCUUGGACAGGCGGCUCCAAGCUUGGAGGAACAAUCCUAGUUGGACUGACAAGCCGCCAGAAAUCAAGAUAUGCAUGAUAAUUUGUUCUUGCACACUUCUCUCUCAGCAUCAAGAGUGAUUGUUUACAUAUUCCCUCGACUCAUGACAUUAUUGAAGAUGCAUUAGAAUUGCCUGCUAUUCUGGAAAAGUUAGCCUUUUGCACGAAAUUCCAGUAAUGAAAAAAUGAUACCACCGGAUGCUGUAUACAACAUCAUAAUUGACCCAGAGAACAAGAGGGUGUUAAAAAAUAUAAAGGAAGUAAUAUCAAGAAAAGUCUUGCUUGAGAAAGGGUCAAGGCAAGUAGUUGAAGUGGAGCUGGCAGCAACUGGAAAUUCCUCUGGUGGUCUGGCGUCUUGUCAGUUCAUGUUUUUUCUGACCAGAACAGAAAAAAUCAUACUGUUAAGUUUAAACAAGGACGAACAGGUUUUAUGAGAAAGUUUGAGGGUUGCUGGAGGAUAGAACCCAUAUUUGUAGACAAGGAAGUAUGCCUUCCUCUUCAUCCAUGCUCUCUGGAAGAAUAUGAAUCCUGUACUGGUGGCAGGGGCAGAGUUACAUCUGCCAUUACCCUGGAUCAGCUUAUCGAGCCUGCCCUUUUACCCCCGCCACCCAUCUCUUGGUAUUUGAGAGGGAUCACCUCAAGUCAGGGACAACUGACAUGCUGGUGAACGACCUGAUAGCAGAAACUGCUCGGUUGCGAGGCAUCUCAUUCAGUGCAGAUGGCGGUGCAAGUGAAAGUCCUCCAGGAAGUGAGUGUGGUGAAAUUAAGGAAAGGUGGCGACAGAGAAGAAAAAGGGGACGGCAUGGAAACUCCCUUAGACUAACAAGUCAAAUGUGGUAAGGUAAACGCUAUGUGAAUGCUGAUUUUAGAACAGGUUUAGUUUAUGUCUGAUAUCCUAAUGUUCAGGUUUUUGUUGUCGUAGAUGAUAUGGCGUAAGAUGGCUCUUUGUGAACAUGUACUGAGCUGAUUGUUCAACAGUAUAUAUGUCUGAUAUGAAUAAUUUUACCUCUGUUGAA